AUGAGCAGUUCUGAUGGUACUAACCUUGAGGAACUUCAAAGGGAGAAUUGGUCCUUAUUGAAGGAUCAAAUAGAAUAUAUUAUUGGUAAUGCCGAUGAGAUGAAUAUAAUGGAAUCAUUUAAACAGUUGUUUGAAGUUAAUGUGCUGGUGGGACAAAGGUUAUUAGUUGAUAGUAUUUUGAAGAAUCAGCUAAAGAAGGAUAUUCCCGUUGUGUAUGCUUUAUUGGUAGCUUUAAUCAAUUCUGAAAUGCCGGAGAUGGGUUUACUUAUGACCAAAGAAUCCAUUGCUUUGUUUAUCAAGGGUUAUAAUAAUAUGAAUAAUUUGGAAACUUUUACAAUGGCAACCUUUAUUGCCCAAUUAUUUAACUAUGAAGUGGUACAUGAAAUUGUAAUUUUACAAAUAUUGCAUUUGCUUCUGGAAGAUUUAGAUAAUGGCUCUUUACCGGUAGUAAUAUCAUUACUAACACACUGUGGGAAGAAACUUGUUCAAGUGAAUAAAACCAUACAUAAUGCAAUUUUUGAAAAAUUGAGGCAUCUAUUACAAAGUGGUAGAUUGUCAAGAGAUGAACAUGUGAAUUUAGAAUGGUUAUUUGAACUGAGAAGUAGAAACUACCAAAACAAUGGCAUCCAAUCUACUAAUUUGAAAGUUCUUGAAGGCGAAAUGCAUACUUUCAUGAUUGAUACAGGAGAACUAAGACCUGAUUUUAAACUAACAGAAUUUAUUUACGACGAUAACUACGUAGAGAAAGAGACUUUAUUUGAAUCAUUGAAAUUAAAGGUUUACAAAGAUUAUUUUGAAGAAGAAAAGGAUAAAGCAGAGACUGUGAUAGAAGAUAGAACCGGAAUAACUGAUGUGGAAUUCAAGAAAAACAUUUAUUUAAUAUUAAAAAGUUCAUUGACAGGUGAUGAAGCCGCCCAUAAACUUUUAAAAUUAAGAAUCCCAGAUGAUAGUAAAGAUGAGGUGGUAAAUAUUAUUAUAAAGUCAAGUAUUCAGGAAUCUACAUAUUCAAAAUUUUAUGGAAUUUUAACUGAAAGACUACUUGGAAGUCAUAGGUCCUGGACUCCCGCAUUUAUUGAGACGUUUAAGUCUAAUUAUGAAAAUGCAUCUGAAUUUGAACCGGCACAACUUCGAAUAAUGGGUAAAUUGUGGGGUCAUAUUCUAGCAACUGAAGUCAUAAGCUUUGAAAUAUUUUUAAAUGUUCAUCUAAAUGAAGAAGAAAGUACACCAGCAGGAAGAAUUUUAUUGAAAUUUUUAUUUCAAGAAUUGGUCGGUGAAUUAGGAAUUGAUGAAUUGAGAAAUAGACUAGAAGCAGAUUCAAGUAAGUCAUAUUUAGUGAAUAUGUUCCCCACGGAUGACUUAGAAAAUAUUAGAUAUUCUAUUAAUUAUUUUACGGCAAUUGGAUUGGGUUCUUUGACAGAAGAGAUGAGAGAUAAGUUAAAAUCAAUUGAGGAUGAACUGAAACAAAUAAAAGUGGAAGAAGAGAAGAAAAGACAGGAACUGGUAAGAUCAAAGAAAGAAGAAGAAGAAAAGGAUAGACGAAUUUCAAGAUACAAUCAGAAGCCUGUAUCAAGGGGACCCAGAUCUAGGACACCACCUAGAAGGAGUCGAUCUAGGACACCACCAAGAAGGAAUAGAUCUAGGACGCCACCAAGAAGAGCCAGGAAUAGAUCCAGAACUCCUCCAAGAAGACGGUAA